UUGAGAUAACUACACUACAAAGAAAACAUUUUUGCUUAUUUUACCUUUGGAAAUAAAAAUUAAUAUAAAGAAGUAAUUAUAAGCAUUUUCUUAUUUUUUCUCUAUUAUAUUAAACAAAUUUUAGAUUUGGUAGAUUUUUAACUAUAAGUUCGUACAUGUAAAUAAUGCGUCGUGGCAUAGAAUCAACCAGCGGCCAUUUUGUGUUCAAAAAGUCAUCAGAUGGAAAACAACAAAUUUGCUCCAAAAUAAACUUUAAAGACCCGAGGCUGGAAACAGGAUAUUAGUGCACCGUGCUGGACAACAAACCACUUUUGAUAACAUGGAAAAAAAUGAGAAAGUAUUUACUUCGGAAAUAACUAGAGGACAACAAAAAGAAAUCAGCGGUCUUUAUGAACUAAUAAAUAUAAUUCCCGCUAAACCUAUAGUUAGUUUGAAUUUGAGUACAGCUGAAAAGAAUUCAUGUGAAUUUCAACCCAGAACAGAUAAAUAUUAUGAGGCAAAAAGAAAUAAUAAAUAUAAAGUUAAAACUGUUAAGGAUAUUAGAAGUUUAUUUGAAAAAGACGUGUAUCGUUAUUUGUUUGACGAUUUGGACAAACAGCAAAAAAUAUUAUUAAGGAAAAUAAGAGCAGGGUCCUCUAAAGACACAAAUACAAUUCAACUAGCAAAAGAUAUUUUCAAAUCUGGGAAUCCAAUAUCUAGGUCUGCAUGGCAAAUGUUAAUAAAUAUUAAUCCAGAAAAGUACUCUCAUCCAAAUCAAUAUGUUUUAUACAAUGGUAAAUAUAUACAAGUAAAUGGCAGUAAAGGGGGACGAAAUAAAUUUAUUUGUAAUUAUGAUUUGAAACGUCAUAAGGAAUCCUUUAAACCAAAAGUUACCGGUAAAAAAAAUAUUUUAAUUAAAAAGAAGAGACUUUUACAAAAUUCCUUAAGUGUAAAAUUUAAACCUGGUCCAUUAAAACUAAAAAAAUACCUUGAUGAUUCUUAUCAGAAGUAUCACGUUGGUAAUACAGAAGUAGUAAACCUACCAAAACCCGGUUUAGAAGUUCAACCUACCUAUGGUUGCUCCGUCGAACCAACAAUAUCGAACUUCUUAAAUAGUUUGCGAGAUAUAGAUGGUUUUAUAUCACAAAAAUGGGCAGAAUUUGCGGUAUCUGUAUUAGGAAAUGUAGAAAAAUCGCAUGCUAUUCAAAUUGAUAAGUGCUCUGUAACUUUUGGUUUAAGUUACAAAUAUGAUCAAUAUCGAAUGCUUAUGAGAAGGAAUCUUGAUAAACAAAAUAAUUUUUAUCCCCAAUGUAAACCAAUAUCCCAAAACAUAAUAGAUGUUAGUGAUAUCAUACCUGAUGUGAAAAUUGUAAUCGAAAAAAUUUUAGAUUCGGUUGAAAUCAAUCAGAUACAGGACAAUAUGUAUACUGGAAUAGACGAACCCAGAUGUGCUUCUCCCGAUGGUUUAUGUAAUGCUAAGAAUUCUUUAUCAAGAGAGAAAUAUAAAAAAAAAUAUGGUGAGUUGGAUAGACUUGAUGUAACUAUUAUAACUUUACCUGAAAAUUCACAGCAAUUAACACCACAAGCAUGUUUGAAUUCUUUUUGCACGUUGGGUUGUGUCUGUGCAUCGUUGAAAUCUCCUGUUCUUUUUAAAAAUCAUUGUGGUCGAAUAGAUUGUAUGUUUGAAUGUAAAUGUGACUUCUCAAAGUACAAAGUAACAGAUAAUUUUGAUAGCGACUGUCCAGAAUAUUUACCAGGUUUGAUAAAUUUAGAUAAUGAGAUAAAUUUAAAAUUAGCAAAAGAAGAACAGAAAUUUCAUCAAACCGUGGUUUUCUCUGGUGAAAAAAGCAUAUUACUUAAGAGUCGAAAAAGAAAUUGGAAAGCAUCAAAAAAAUAUGCUGAUUUUUAUAGCAGUAUGUGUCUAAAAUCGGAUAUGAAAAAAGAACCUGUUUUGUGUAUAACAGACAUGAAAUUUAUUUGUGAAAAUAUUGAACCCUGGUGUAUGGUGCAUAACUUGUAUAAAUGUUUUUGUAAAGGCAAAAUUACGUAUAACUCUUAUACAAUGAUAGUUUCACAAGAUGUGCCCAUUAUAGAAACGUUAGAUCCUAAAGAUAAAGACUCCUCUGAUAGCAGUAACAUUUCAAAAUGUAAUCAACCUAAUUUAAGUAAUAUAACUCGAUCAAGACUACGUUCGGAACGAAUAAAAAAUAACGAUAAUACUCCAAGAAUAAUUGAUAAUUCUGUUUGUAACAGUAACGUUUCAGUAUGCUCAAGCUCGUCUGAAAUGUCAUAUAUAUAUAGUACUUGUGCUAGAGUCAACUCGUAUACGGGAAGAAAAUUUAGUAAUGGCUACUAUAAAAACGCUAACUAUAAAAUUUCACAAUUGGAAAAAAAUGAUCGUAAUUUAAGCAAGAAGUUACGUUAUUUAUGUAAUCAAAGUGAAUUACAACAAAACAACAAAAAAAUAGAUAAUAUAGUUACCGCGUCUGGUAAAAGUGCAACUUCUAAAAAUGUUUCACAAUCUUCUGAUUAUAAAAAAACAGAUGUUUUACCCAAUUAUAUAAGAUCCAGCAUUGACGGAACAAUAAAUAAAAAGAAAUUAGUAGCAUGGCUCGAAUAUAGUUAUAAACUUUAUAAAAAGCGGUCUGAGGAGGGUAAGAUUAACAUUACUCUACAAGCUCCUAAACUUAAUAAAGUAAUGCUACAUCCUUGGGAGUUCAUUUUAAGUAGAUACAGAGAGCGGAAGAACCAUUAUUUAGUUUCGAAGCAACGACCGUAUCGUAUAUUCAUGGCUGUGGAUAUAAACCAUCCAUUUUUUUUGGAUUGUAUGAAUAUUGAUGACAUUCGAUUUGCUGAUCUUCAUAAAUAUCCCUCGACAAUUAAAAAUUUACUUACUAAUGCAACUGAUUUAAAAGAUAAUUUUUGUAUACUUUGUGGUUUAACUUUCUGCUGGGAAUUAAUUGGUACUGUAACAAAAAUGAGCGAAACUAAUAAUGUUGACGGCGAAACAAAUCAAGAUAUCUUAACAUAUGAUAGUAGUGAACUCCUAAAAUAUUUAGACGAUUCGGAUAAUUCCUCAAGCCAUGUUUCCAACUCUGUUUCGUCUGACAUGGAUAGCUUGGAGUAUGAACUCGUUCCUCAAGAAAGUACUCAAAAUUGUAACAAUACAGAAAAUUUUGACAUACAAAACAAAAAUUCGACAAACAGUACAGAAAAAACUACACCAGAUUCAUCAAAAUGGUUUGUAAUGACCGUUGAAAAUGAUUUUACCGAGAUUCAAUUCUUUAAUAAAGGAUUUUUCGUAAAAUAUGAAAGUAUUAUAAGAGCCAUAAAUAUAGCUCGAAAGGCAAACAAAACAGUCCGCUUAUCUUCUCAAAAAUGUACGGCCAAAAACAGCAAUCCACAAUUUGGUAUAUAUGCUAUUCCAUGUACUAACGAAUAUUGUGUAUUUAUGGGCCCUUAUGAACCUGACGAACCAUUAGGAGUGGAAACAAUCAAAACUGUAUUUCAUACUUUCACAUCAAAAGGAACUCGAGGUUUUUGGAUUACUACUGAUAAGGUUGACAAUUUUAAAGUUAUUGAUAAUCCAAUGUCAUUUAUGCCAAACUCAAACUCUAUAAAUACGGAAAUAAUACCUCUAGAAAAUAGCAUUAUUAUUGAGGAUUCUGCAGAAAAUAAAGAUAACGGUGCUGAAGAAGCGAGUACAAAUAAAACUUUGGAAAGAGAGACUGAUCCGAAAAGUUAUCGUAUUAUGAAACCUAUUAAAAUUAAAAAAGGCCAGUUGCUGAAAUCUGCUUCUUUAUUUAAUAAAAUUGCUUCUCAGAAUACUAUUUCAGAUGCUCAGGGUGCUUCCUUAUUAAGAACUGAUUGUUUAGUAAUUAAUGCAAACAACACAUUAUCAAGAACACAUUCUGUGCUACAUACAAAGUUGAAGUCCUUAAAUACAUCUCUUGUUAACUUUAAAACUUGUUUAAUAUCUACCAUACCAUCGACUGUAAAUUACCAAUCGAGUCCGGUAUUAGUACAAAAAAAUAUAUCAUCCUUAUCCACUAAUGAUAAAAUCGUCACAGUAAAUAAUGCACCUAUCAUUAAAAUAACUGAAGUUUUUUCGGAAUUUAAUAAACCUUCAGAAAAAAGAACCAUUGUGACGAGCGAUAGGGGUAUGCUUAUUUUAAAACCAGAAGACAUUAAUGAAAGACUAACAACAAAUAUCCCAAAGUCACAAAAUUCUAUUCAUAGUGAUGAAGAAAUCAAUAAUGACAUUACAAAUUUAAUGGCUGGUGAAGUUAGUCGUGAUAAUAAUGAUAUUUUUAUAAUCUCUGAUGAAGAAGAUGACAUUACAUCUGACGUUAAUGAUUGGAAAGAAGUAUGGAUAGAGUGCCAGAAUAUUGAAACAGUUGGCUGGAUUUUAGGACGAAGGGAUUCAAAAAAAUUUUUAAGUUUUGAACUUCCUGGAUUAAAUUUUAGUGAUUUUUAUCCGCAGGAUGUUGCAUUUUAUAAAAUUAACAAAGCCUUGUCAAAAACACUCCACAUACCUGGACAUGUUGAAAUUGAAUGGCGCGUAGUUGAAUCAAAAAGUGAACUGAAGACAGAUAAUCAAUUAGGACUUGAGCAUUUGAAGCCUACAUUUUGGCUGGCAAAAGAAGCGAAAGCAGGUGAUAGCGACAUAAAAAGUAAUUCUAAGAUGGAAAGUGGGCAGACUUAUACUGAUAAAUACUCAGAAACACCGUGCUGAUCAAUAUCUGAAUGAAGAAAAAAUUUCACACUAGUAAAAUUUUUAUUUUACUCUGCAGGAUCAUACUUGUGCAAUUUCAUCAUUAGUUACGCGAUGACUGAUUAAAUUAAUGCUAUUACAAAAUAAUAUUGUACAGUUAAAUUUGUUAUAAUAUAGUGAUCUAGUGUUUAAGUGAAAAUACAUAAUUACCUACUUACAUCUAUUCAGAAAUG